AUGCUGAAUAGUGAGCCAUGGUCUGUUGUCCUAGAACGGUGGAGAGUUAGCUACGAAGCACGCAAAGGGCACUUAUUGUCACGGAAGUGCAUCACCAAGAUUUUUACAACAUAUCCGCAAUACAAAUGUCAGCAUGGUUUUCAACUGAUCGACAUAGAUUUUCAGAAAGCUUUUCCCAACGCGAAGAAUGGAUUGAAGGAAUUACUACAGCUGGCACCACAGGUUACAGAAUAUAUUUCUAAGAAAGCCGUGGACCCAUCGGCCGUAUCUUUACUUGAAAGAUUGACUGAUGAUACAACAAAUAACGAUAAGCAAAUUUGUACACUUUUGCUUGCUCUAAACACUGUGCUGCCCCCAAUUACGGCCGCACCUCAUUUUAAACCUACCAUUUUAGUUGGGCAAGAGGAUACACUCAUUUUCGUUGAUUCUAAAGAGUUAGCUCAAUCAAAAAUUCAUGAAAUCUACCGAAGUUACACAGAGCUGGAUCUUCCAAUCGUGCCUAAAUUAGUUGCAGUGGGUGAAAACUUGGACCAAUUGCAGGGAACAUUCUUUGUCUGGUAUGACGAUGUGUGUUAUGAGCUUCAAUCGGCAUCAAGAGCAGUUGAUGUACUAAUUAAACUGACUGCAAUCCUUGGACUCCCUUUUUCGAAAAUUUCGAAAUUGGUUUGGCACUUUCUCAGUGGUUACAUUUACGGCAUAAAUCAACAAGAGUCUUAUGCUUCCAUCAAUAGACUUCGGACUUAUCUCGAGACGAAAAAGGCAAAUAGCACAUUGUGAACAUGACUCGGAUCACCUGCAUGAUAUCUGGAUGUACGAUUCUCUCUGCAUCACCAAUAGAAUACCUUACACAUCUUAAGGAUUACCAUCAAGUUCCAUCCGUUUAUCAAUAUAGAUGCACGAUAUCGGGUUGUCACCAAGUGUUCUCUAAGGUAUAUCCAUUCAAAAAACAUGUUAGUCAUCAUACCGGAUUGCACAAUGACAGCAGUAGAACUCAGCAUGAUAUGUCAUCACAGGAGAAUUUAUCUAUUUCGCUAGAUGUAGCAAAUGCUUCAUCAUGCUAUUCCGAAGGUUGUUCGUCAAAAAUCAGGCGUAUUGAAUGCAGUGAUAAUCAAUCUGAACACGUAAACCGAGAACCAAUCAAUAUACUUAAUCAAAUGGCGCUAAACUUAACUCUGUACAUGCAUAAACAUAAUAACUUUACCCGAAAAGAUGUGUAUCAAAUUCAAAAUGAAAUAAGCCUUAUGUUUUCAGAGAUAGCAAAUAAUUUAGAAAAGUUUAAACAAUACGUAACUGAUUCAGAGAACAGUUUCAACUAUCAGAAUCAAAUCGAAAAGAUGAAAACCAUAUUUGAUUUUAUAAAUACAGAUCAUAAGUUCUUUAAAUAUAUGAAAAGUUGUGUAGGAUUUGAACUGCCAACCAUAGUCACCAUAGACAAAAAUGACGAUAUUGCUUCUAAAUUGUUAGAAGGCGAAAACGACUACGAAAGCGUCCAUGUAAAUAAUUACUUGAUAAUAAUGCCUAUUGAAUUUCAAAUCAAAGCCUUUUU